GGGAGGCGGAGAAGGGGCGGCCCGGAGCCGCCGUGCGCGGCAAGGUGCGGCCCAGGUACCCGGGAUAUAUCAGGAGGCGCGGGGGAGCGGGUCGGUGCCUCGAUGGCGGCCCCCGCCAUGGCCGAGCCGCGCUCCAAGCGGCCCCGCGUCACGCUGCCCGCCUGCCCCGCACACCGCCAGCUCCCCGGCAGCCGCGUCCGCCAGAGCUUCCCGCCCGCCGUGGAGGAAGGGCUCUGCGGCGUCACCGGCGCCCUGCUGGAGCUCGCCUACUGCCUGCAGGCGCUGGGUGAAUAUUUUGACCAAUCACAUGUGGCUCUACCAAAUGUUUCAAAGUUCUUCUUACAUCAAGCUCUGGAAGAGAGAAAAGCUGCAGAGGCUCUGAUGAAGUAUCAGCAGGAACGAGGAGGCCAUUACUGUUCUAAAACCAUCCAGAAACCAAACUGUGAGCAUGUGGUGGGUCUGAUGAAAGCCCUGGAAUUAGCAAUGGCUCAGUGGAAAACGAUGAUCCGCUAUUUUGAAGAGCUUUAUGCCCUGAGUAUUGAACAUGCAGAUCCUCACAGUGCAAGCACUAUCAAGAAACAAUUCAUCGGGCCCCAAAUGCAGAAGAUCAAGAUGAUGGGAGAUCUGCUGACCAAUGCUCGCAGGCUCGACUGCUCCCAGGAUGGCAGAAACAGCCUCGGGGAUUACUUCAUGGACCGCCUGCAGGAGGAGUUCAGAACAGGCACAGAGCCCGAGUGGAGGCAGCACUGCAGCCCCUGCCCACCUCCCCAGCAGUGUGCAGGAGCUGCAGAGAGGAUGAAGAGACCCCAGAGAGAACCUUCCCUGCACAGAAAUGGCGUGGGGCCAAUCUAUGCAACCAUCCACUGCAUGGCCACACUGCCACACUGCAACCACGGGACAGGAGCAAUGGGGAAGCAAGACAGGGAGGGACUGUAACGCUGUGGCUGCUGCAGGAGGCAGGGUGUUCUGUCCUGAUUUACACCUUUUUCCCACAUCUUCUGUUAAGUAAUAGCUCCAAAUCUAGCCUAUACAGUUAUAUUGUUUAAAGUACAGCAAGACUCCUAGUUAGCUACAGACAUGUUGCAGACUAAUGUUGCAGACAUUGUCACACUUUUAUCUAUGCAGUGCUUCCUAGCAUUUAAGAAUUUAAGUCUUUUUUGUCUUAAAUUGUAGUCAGUGCAAAUUAUAUUUAACAGAUAGAUAACUUCUGUUAAAAACAAACAAAAUGCAACUUUAGUACAAGAAAAC